AUCGCUUUUGUGUAUGUAUGUGGGAAUGUAUAUGUACACGGCAUAUAGUGGCCGCAGACAGCUAGAUCGAGAACGAUGUCUGCCGAAAAAAUGUGGGGAAAUCGUCCUUUCUGGGGAAUAGGGAACGACUACGACCCUCUCUGGGACUUGACGGAAGAGCAAAGGGAGAUUCAGAAGAAGCUGAUAGGGCUGUGUCGCACUACCUUGCGUCCAAAUGCUAUAAUAUCUGAUGAGAAGUAUACAUUUCCAAGAGCCAACAUGGACGCCCUGGCCUCGCUAGGCCUUCUGGGAUUGAUCAUACCGAAGGAACUUGGCGGGCUGGGUGAAAACCACGUGUGUGCUGCUAUGGUAACGGAAACAAUCGCCCGAUACGGAUGUCCCAGUACGGCAAUGGUGUAUUGUAUGCACGUGGGUUCUUUAGCUGCUGUCCUGUUGAGACAUCACAACAACGAUGCAGUGAAGGACGUUCUUCGUCGUGUGAAUCGUGAUAAACUAAUUGGAACUCUGUCAUACAGCGAUCCAGCCACAGGCGGCCAUUUUUGGUUUCCAUUCUCCUCCAAAAACCACCAAGAGGCAGACGGUCAAUUCCGCCUCCUGAAGUAUUCCUCCUGGACGACCAGUGCCGGAUUUGCUGACUUCUACGUCAUACAGACGAUCAGUCCUGAUUUUUCUGGAGACUAUUCCAACUUGUCUGUGUUCUUAGUCUUUCCGGACGAGAUCCGUGCCCAUACUGACGACUGGAAAGCACUUGGUCUCCAUGGUAACCAGUCUGGUGUGCUGAUCACAGAGGGCGUUCUGAAGCAAGACCGUCUCAUUGGACCAAUAGGUGAUGGAGCCGAUUCCAACGACGAGACUGUGGACCCUUACUUCCUGUUGCUGUCGUCAUCCUGUUGGUGCGGGAUUGCUAUGGGCUGCAUUGACGUAGCCAAAAAGCACGUGGUGGACAAACGUCACGCUGACACCGGAUUACGUAUUUGUGACUAUCCAGCCAUUCAGGAUUAUUUCGGGCAAAGCAUAGCGUCUACGAACGCGUGUCGUUCUAUGAUGUUCCACGUGGCACGAGGUUACGACAAGGUCACCAAUAACAAUGAUUGGAGUAUGCAUACAGAUCUGACACUGAAACCAAGGUUUGGGUAUUUACACUGGGGAUGGCAGCUGAAAGUGAUGUCAUCUAAAAACGUGAGUGAGGUUUCCGACACGAUGUUACAUGUGUGUGGCGGGGCCGGGUACAAGACAGAGCUUGGUUUAGAGCGUCUGCUUCGUGACGCCAAGGCGGGGUGGGUGAUGGGUCCGAGUAACGAGGUGGCACGAGGAUGGAUUGGACAAACCUCUCUUUUGGGGAUGGAAGAACUGGAUUACUGGGUCCAACACCCUCAUAAACGCGUCCUGAAUGCAGAAAUUAAGAAGCUGAACAUUGAGGACAAGAAAGCUCUUUCGGAGCGUCUGCUUAGAGAGAUUGCUCUGCAGGAGAGUGGGGGCACCGGUGCAGAACCAAACCAAGACAUCAACUUCGACGACCCUUUCUCAGCAAGGUCACCGAAGCACGUGGGCGCUCUGAAAGGAGUCGACGGGAAAACGCACCUGCCGGGGUUAAAAACAGACGCCUUUGUCCCACUGAAGCUUAUUGAACGCACCAACGAAGUUGACAACAUCGUGCGUCUGAAAUUCGCCCUCCCUAAUGCUGAAAUGCAUUCUGGGUGCAUGCCAGGCCAGUACGUGCAGGCCCGGGUGGAUGUGAAUGGGAAAAGUAAUGACCGCUACCUGUCACCUCUGUCUGUACCCUCUGACUACGGUGUGAUGGAGUUUGGGAUGCGCCUGGAGACUCACGGUUUAUUCUCCAAAGCCAUUCAAACGAUGGCAAUAGGAGACAUCAUGGAGUGCCGCGGUCCAUGUGGUGGUUUUGAAUACGAGCCCGGGAAACUGGAUCAGUUGAUUCUGAUUGCGACUGGAGUCAGCGCCACGCCUGCCAUACAAUUGUUUCGAACCGUGGCAAAGAAUAAAUCCGACAAAACUCGCGUGUCAUUCUUCUACCACUCUAAAACACCAGAGCACCUUCUUUUUCGUGAAGAGCUUGCCAGUUACGCUGAAGACGACGAGCGCUUGACGACCACAUUCUGUGUUUCAGAUGCAGAUGAUAAAUGGUCCGGGCUUGAAGGAUUGAUCGAUGCUGAUUCGUUGAAACCGUGCUUGCCUGUAGCCAAUGGGAAGACAGUCAAAUUCAUCAUCUGCUCUGGCACUAAUGUUGUCAUCACCAUUCUGGAUGUUCUAUACGGCUUGCAGUACAAGAGCGAGGACAUCUACAUCUAUGGGCCGUUUGGUGUUGAGCUGCUUCGUUCUGUGUUCGGGCGGAAAGCCAAACUGUCUGCAGACCACUGCUAAAACAGACGAGUCUUUACUUUGAUUGGACAUGCAUUUCUAACAGCAUUGGCCAUCAAAGUGCUUUGCUCUUCCCGAAGAUGUAAAGAUAACUACCAAGUCUCACCUCUUUACCUCCACAAGUACAGCGUAUAAUAACUAUAUAGGUCAGCUUGGUUCAGAGGAUACAUGUUAGAGGCACCGCCAAUUUUACAGAUGCUUCGUUUUUAUUCAAUAUAGAUGACCUCCAUAUACUUCUCAAUCAUAGAUUGAAGCUACGUAUCAAUAUAUGAAUCUAUAUCCUUCAUGAUAUUCACUUGACUAAUACAGAUAUAUAGAAGAAUAUAAGUCUAUAUAUUUAGCUUUUGAUUAAAGAACCUAGUUUUGACGCCGUUCGUGUUUAUGAGGACGAUGAAGUUUUACAUGAUACUAACUUUUUGUCUGUAAUUUGGCGACAUAUUAUUUGAUAUGCUUUUGUACCUGUAAGGAAGGAAGAUACGAAUCU